GUAAAGUUUAGCUUCGUUCAAUGGGGGGCUCAUACGAUCGCCCCCAGGACUUGCAAGCUUGGAAGUGCAAUCGGCUUUGCCGCCAAAUUCAACGCUUAUGCCCUAAUUAAUCGAGAGAAAACAGAAAAAUGCAGAUUCAAGUUAAGUGUAGUUGCGGAGAAGAGAAUUGCCCAGAAUGGGCAAUUGUAGAAUUGCAGGGCGUCGUUGAAGCUCAGUCUGCCUUCCAAGAUCGCUUGCAAAACCUCGAAAUCGGACAACUUUGUCGCCCUUCUUCUCAGGAAAUCUACACUUUUACUGUUGGGUAUCACGAAUUGAUGGGGUCAAAAGUGCCCCUGAAGAAGCCAUUGUUGGUAUUGAAAAAAAUGAAAGAUUUAGGUGCUAAAGGGAACAAUGAACAUGAGUCGUCGAGGGUAGAAUUGGAAGUCAUUGGAAUCAUUCGGCACCGGAUUUUAUUCAAGACCAGACCAAAGGCGCUAAUAUCCAGACCACAACCAAUAAUGAAGGAGAGAGUCAGCGUGCCAGGCUCCAUUUUUCCCAAUCAAAUAGGAUGAAACUCAACUUUGGGGCUUUCUGAGUGUUGGAGUUGAAUUCUUAGCCAGCAAACUUGGAUUCCAUUGUUGUGUUCUAGUCACCUUUGUUUCUGUGAUAUUUGCCAAAAGUAACUGCUACUUCUUUAUUGUCUGAAUGAUGUACACGGGAGCUUGAAAUUUCAGGUUUUGUACAUAUCAUUAAAGAUUAUUGCAAGUGGCAGUUUGGACCUCUGCAUUGUUGAAGGCUCUAUUCUUGUUUCCUGUAUUUUAUUUUAUUUUAUUUUAUUUUUUUGUUAGUUACUAAUUGUGUUUUGAAUACACAAA